UGCCGGCGGGCGUUAGCGCGGCGCUCCGGCGGUCGUGAGGCGUCUUCCCGGUUGUCGCUGAUCUCUCUGGUGGUGGGCGCUGUUUUAAGAACAUUAUCCAGCUGCGCUGCCUCUGCCGUCAUACUCCCAGCUUUUAUGUGACUUAAUCCCAACAAAUACUGUUGCCUUUUCCGCCUGCUUUCAUCAAGAAAGAAGCCUCUGAAACGAAGGACGGUGUCUCGAUGGAGGGAGAUGAUGACGACUUCCCCCCUGAGCCAUCAGAGAACUCUCUUUCCCAGCGAGGAAGUGUGGCUUCCUCAGUCACCAGGGCUCAGGAUUUGCUGGUGUACUUGGCGAGUGACAGUGCGGUGCACUUGACUUUGGAGGGUCUUGGCUGUAUGAAUGCGCUGGAGCUCGGCCGCAAUGUCAGAGAAGCCCUCAACAUUCCCAAUGCCGCCGCAGAUGUGUUCGCUUUCUGGUUCUGCUCUCCUUUGCUUGACUUGCAGUUGAAGCCUAAACAUUUGCCCUACAAGCUUUGUCGUCAGUGGCAGGACCUGCUGUACCGCUUUACCGAGGCCCCCCCAGAAGAUAUUUCUCAAGAUGAGCCAUGCCUUCUAUACAAAAGAAAUGUUUUUUAUCCCAAGGCAAAAGAAUUUCAGAUUGAGGAUGAAGGAGUGUUAAGGCUACUUUAUGACGAGGCAAAGAUGAAUAUCUUGGAGGGUCGUUACCCCUGUGACCCAGAACACUGGCUGACAUUGGGAGCUUUGUCCUGUGCUAUUGAGCUGGGGACCGGGCUUGAUGACCAGGCUCUAACAGCAGCAAUCAGAGAGAAGAAGCUGUCCUCAUUUGUACCGGCCCAUGCUGCAUUAGGAGGAGGAGGAUUUCUGUCCACACUAAGGGGGAGAGGUGGGAGGAAUGCAGAGAUGGAGCAAAAUCUUACAAAGGAGUAUCGUUCAGUCAUCUCCUCUGCUGCCGCUGCCUCCAGUCAGGAGCCCAUCGCUUUGCUGCGCCAGUACCUCAGGAGCUGCCAUAACUUGCCUUACUACGGAUGUGCUUUUUUCAUGGGUGAAAUAGACAAACCAGCCCAGGGUCUCCUUCACAGAGGUGGCCGUAAGGCUGUGAGUGUGGGCAUCAGUCUGGAAGGAGUGUAUGUCAUGGAUGUAAAAGAGAAGCACGUCCUCCUGGGUCUGAAGUUCAGUGAACUUUCCUGGGACCACAGCUAUCCAGAGACGGAGGGAGACUCGCAUAUACUCUGGCUGGAGUUUGAUGGGGAGGAGGCUGGGAUGUCUGUCAACAAAUUAUUAAAGAUUUAUUCAAAACAGGCUGAACUAAUGAGUGGUCUUAUUGAGUUUUGUGUGGAGUUGCGCUCUGUUGGCGAGCCAGCAGCCACUGGUACUGACGGUGGGGUCACACCUUCCCAAGAACCUCAGAGUCGGGAAACCAACGAGAAAACCCGGGAGCGACGACAGGGAAAACUGCGCAGACAGAACAGUGUGGUCUGUAGCCGAGUCCAUUCACUCAACACCAUCAGCUAUGUUGAUGACGGCAAAGAGAUUAAACGUCUGAAGCCCAAAAGAGCUGCUUCUUUCUUCACACGACAGGCUCAGCCUCCCACUUACUCGGCUGUUCAGGUGACUGAAAGUUUGGAGCAAGGGUGACCCCCGGCUUCUACACUGCCCUCUUCUACCCGGUGACCAAAACUACAUCUGUCUAUUUAGAUCCUCAGAGACGGUGCAAAACCAUCUGAAUAGACAGAUCGGACCAAGAUCACAGACUGAAGAGCUAAACCAGUAUUUAUAGAUAAUUUGUGCAUUAUGUCACAGGUUUAAGUUAGAGCUUUCUAUGUUGACCGUUAAAAAAACGAAUGUGAAAUUUGCUUCAAUGAUGCUGUUCUGGUAAACCAACUGCAAGAUAUUUUGGUGCAAGUGCAAGACUCUGAGACACGAUCCUGAGCUCUGUUUAGGUCACUGUUCUGAAUGUAGAUUUUACUAUGCAACCAUCAAACCAAACUACAACCCAGUGGCUGUAAAUCAAGAGUACAGUAGUCCAGCACUUUAAUCCAUGUCACUAAUACUGCUAAAACUAGACCUGCUGCACCAAAGCAAACAGUCAAUGCCUCUAGUAUAGGACAACCACUCCUAUUUACAAUACCAGGGCUGCUGUCUGUGGCAAAGCAUUGCAAAGACUGAGAUUAUGACAUUCUGUGCUACUUGUCUGCUGAAUGUGUGUAUUGAUUUUUCCUGUUUGUUAAUUACAGGGCUUGUUUGCAUAUGCAGACUUAAUAUUUGUAACAAGAUGAUUUUUUUUCUUGGUGUGUUCAGUGGUGACCAAAGGUAAAUCAAGACUCGACACAUUGAGUGCAGUUGACUGUAGUAGUGGUACCGCUAUCUUGCUUUGGAGAAUAGUAUCUUUCUGAUGGUGUGCGUGUAAUGCACUGCUGAAAACAAUCCAGGUCGUAUGCGAGCGUAAUCUGCAUUUGUAAAGCAGAGAGAACUUUAUUUAAUACGUUGAAUCACCAGUUGCGUAGGUGCUUGAUGAUCUAUAGGUGAUGUAUGUCAUUUCUGUUUAGCGAUGCUCAGCGUUGUACUGUAUUUCCAGUCUUUUAGAGCGUGAAUGUAACUAACUAUAUUUCUUUUUACAAAAAUAAUAGGGCCUGACAUUAACAUUUGAUCAGAAAAUGUGUCACAGGAAGUUAUUUAAUCAUAACUUCUGAUCCUGAACUAAGUUAUUCACGUUUUGGCAUCGUUACCAAUCAGUUUGGGAAUUUUGCUGAUGCUCUGACUUGUAAAAAAAAAAAAAAAACCUAAAUGAAUGAAUUUGUUCGUUAUACCUCCUGUUUUGGUAAUUAAUGUCAGCGCACUGCUUUUUUUACUAAUUACUUGUUGGUUCUUAAACAUUAAAGUACCUGCCAAAGCUUAAAGUCAAGCCCUGCAUUAACAGGUCAUCAGUUACCAAACACGAUUCUGUAUUUAUCAAUGCAUGACAACUGAUGUCUUAAGUUGAUUUUGUGGUGUGCAUGUGUUUGUAAAUGUUUCUUUAACUGCUUACAUUCAGUCACGUUUAAAAGUGUGAACAAUGAAAACUGUCAUCACAGAAGGAAAAGAAAAGAAACGGCCAGCUGAAUGGUGCAAAACACCCACUGCAUUUCUGUAAUUAUGCAAAAUGCUUGUCAAGAUGUUAACCCUAAAAUGCUUUUUCCUAGACUUUCUGUACCGUAUUAUAUUUUCCACUAUAACGCUAAUCCAAUGUUUAUAUUUCAAUCUGAACAUCUGUCACACACACACACACACAUAUAUGAACCUACUAACUGUGCUGUAGAUAGUCACAUCUGUGUUAUAGAAAUAUUGAAUCUGUCAACACUAAUUUAAAGUGCCUUUUUUUACAUUUAAUCUGUUGAGUUUUGCUGUCAUCUGUCUCUUGAAAUUGUAUCUCCACUAUCUUUUGUUGUUUCUUAGGUUUUAUACACAAGUUUCACUACUGCAAUUUUGUGACUGCAAGAUUAACUAAAACCAUUUAUAUGCAACAUUAAACCUUUUUAUUCCCGCUUUGUACUAACUCCUGGCAUCUCUAUCAGUAAAUUCUGUAUAAUGGAUUUUCUAUUAAUGUUUUAUUUAAACGAACUAUGCCUGUAAUAAGGUCUUUGACGUGUAACAAAAUUACAUCCCGAGAAGAAAAGGAACGAAAUAAAUAUAACAAACUAAA